AUGGCUGGGAAUAUUAGCAUUUCACGGUUGCUCGUCGCGAAUCGAGGCGAGAUCGCCAUCCGCGUUCUCACUGCGGCCCGAGAGCUUGGUAUGCAUACGAUUGCGAUAUAUACAGCUGAAGACUCGAACCAUGCCGUGUACGCGGAUGAAGGCAUUCUCUUAGAUCAGCCAUCAGAUUUUACGAAUGUUGAGCGACUUUUAGGCAUUGCCAAAAAAGCUAAUGCGGAGGCCGUACAUCCAGGUUACGGGUUUCUCUCUGAAAGUCCUCGAUUUGCAGAUGAGCUUGCCAACGCGGGAAUUCUCUUUGUAGGUCCUAGCACCCGGGUACUUCAACAGACGGCAGACAAGACAGAUGCACGCGCCUUGGCGGACGCUAACAAAGUACCUACGUUACCUGCUUCAGUGAAACCAAUGCGGAACUUUGAAGAUGUCCAGAGUUUUGUUGCUAAUUUUGGACUUCCGAUCAUGUUCAAGGCCGUAGAUGGUGGUGGAGGCCGAGGGAUCCGGUUCGUUCAGCAUCAGUCCGAGCUUGAAGACAGCUUCAAUCGUGCACGCGGAGAGUCACCAAGUGGUCAAGUAUUCAUAGAGAGGGCAGCUGUCGAUGGCUUCCGCCACGUGGAAGUUCAGAUUCUUGCUGAUAAUUACGGCAACGUCGGACAUCUUUGGGAAAGAGAGUGUAGUAUUCAAAGGAGAUUCCAAAAGAUAGUUGAGCUUGCUCCAUCGACAAUAAAGGACCGUGAGCUUGUCAGUCGUGUUAUUAGAUCCUCAGUAGGAAUGGCAAAGGCUAUUGGCUAUUCUUCACUUGGAACAUUCGAGUUUCUUGUCCAUGAAUCAAAACCCGAAUAUUAUUUCCUCGAGAUAAACCCUCGGCUACAGGUCGAGCACACGGUAACAGAAGAAAUAUCCGGAGUUGAUAUAGUGAGAAGUCAGCUUCUCUUAGCUCAAGGUGCAACCAUUGAAAGUUUAAAUUUACCGUCACGAUAUACUGUAUCAUUUCCUCCUCCAGCAGCAGCUAUUCAGUUACGAGUUACUGCGGAAGAUGCUCAAAAAGACUUCACACUGAGCAUGGGUCGCGUAACUCAGUUCCAACCACCAAUUGGUGCUGGUGUCCGAGUUGAUACUCAUCUCGCAACUACGAAACCUACGACCGUAGGCUCCAACUUUGACUCACUACUGGCCAAAAUUAUCGUGCGAGGGUCGAACUUGCAGGCAGCUAUAGAGAAAGGAUUGCGCGCGCUGAGAGAUACAACAAUCAAGGGAGUCAAGACAAACAUUGACGUCCUCUUGGGCAUUUUAUCACAUUCCGACUUUCGAGAAUCACAGUGUAACAUUAAGUGGCUGGAAUCGCAACUAUCCGAAAUUAUAGUCUCAGGUCAGGAACUUGAAGGCAACAAAACACUCAGCUUACGAGAACCUUAUAUUACAUCAACUACCAGCUAUUCAUCGCAAACUGGUGCAGCUGGCUUGGGCAAUGCUCCGUUGCUGUUUAGAAAAGGGGACACUUUCAAGUUGCAGCUCAAAGAUAUAACAAUGAAGCAGAGUUCGCAGGCAGGCAAGUCCGCAACAGCGGAAGAAUAUUUACUGCGGAUAGAUCGGGUUUUGACAAAUAACUUCCCCAUACAGCUAAUGGCAGAUGCCACUUUCCAGUCUUUCAGCAGCAGUAAAACAUAUGGCAUGAAUCUUACAUCAACUACACAAACGAACGUUGCAUCCUCUAAACAUCGACAUGCCGAUCCAACAAAUGAGGCACAUAUUAGGUUGCCAUUCCCGGGACAAUUUGUUGAAAUGUAUGUUGAUGUGGGUGAUAAAGUUGCUGCUGGGGAGUUGUUGUGCGUAGUGCGACAGAUGAAGAUGGAAUUAGAAGUACGAGCACCUCGGCAAGGUACUAUAAAAUGGGUUUGUGAUGUCGAAGAGGGCGAGCAAGUUAACGAAGGGUUGUUGUUGUGCGAAUUGGCCGUCGAUGAGCCGAGCAACACAAGCUCCAAGAGUUUGGCAAAGCUCUAG